AAUAAAAUUAAAAUCUACGGACAGGCCUGCCCGCAGCGUCCCGAAUCCCAGCCACACCCCUGGCUCUGCGGGCUCGGGCUGGGGCUGCGUCCCGGGCAGGAGGCGGCGCCCUCGCGUGGCAGCAGCAAACACCAGCGGGUGCUGGACCCAGAGGCGCGGGGAGCCCGGACCGGCGCCAUUCCGGGCAGAGCGCGCCCGGGCCACGGCCUCCCCAAGCCCGACGUGGCUGCUGCAUCCAGGAAACCCGGGCGUGCGCGUGGCGCCUGAGCGAUGCCCUGGUCCCGGGGUCCGCGCGCGGGGGCGGUGCCGAGUUGCUUCGACAGCUCGGACGCCUGGUCCUCCGUGGUAGGAAGCCCGGCUGCCUCCGUCGUCGUGCCCUCCCGCGGCCGCGGCGCCCAGGGCCGGCUUCCUGCUUCUCCGCUCGCCCGCACCGCCGCGCCGCGCUCCCUGCACCCGCCGGCCGGUGCCUCAGGGUGGGGAAAGAGCUGGCUGUGACCUUCGCGUUGUCCUGGAGGGCCCCGCCUUGGGCUGAAUGGCAGCACCCACGCAGGGCCGUCUGGCACUGACCCACCUGCUGGUGGCUCUCUUCGGCAUGGGCUCGUGGGCUGCCAUCAAUGGGAUCUGGGUGGAGCUGCCUGUGGUGGUAAAAGACCUUCCAGAGGGUGAGUGGGAGGGAGGUGCAGGGAAGCUGGGGCAGGUGCGCCCAGGAAGGCGGGCUGCGGAUGCUCUUCGUUCCUUAGCCAUCGUGCCUGUGACAUGGCAUCGUUCCUUCCCUGCAGGUUGGAGCCUCCCCGCAUACCUCUCUGUGUGUGUGGCGCUGGGGAACCUGGGUCUGCUGGUGGUGGCCCUGUGGAGGCGGCUGGCGCCGGGCAAGGGCGAGCAGGUCCCCAUCCAGGUGGUACAGGCGCUGAGCGUGGUGGGCACAGCCCUGCUGGCCCCUCUGUGGCGUCACGUGGCACCAGUGGCCGGGCAGCUCCACUCUGUGGCCUUCCUAACACUGGCCUUGGUGCUGGCACUGGCCUGCUGCACCUCUAAUGUCACUUUCCUGCCCUUCCUGAGCCACCUGCCACCUCCCUUCUUAAGGUCUUUCUUCCUGGGUCAGGGGCUCAGCGCCCUGCUGCCCUGUGUGCUGGCCCUAGUGCAGGGUGUGGGCCGCCUCGAGUGCCCGCCAGCCCCCACCAACGGCACCUCUGGGCCCCCGCUUCGCAUCCCUGAGCGUUUUCCUGCCAGCACCUUCUUCUGGGCACUGACCGCCCUUCUGGUAACUUCAGCUGCUGCCUUCCAUGGUCUUCUGUUGCUGUUGCCAUCACUACCAUCUGUACCUACAGGGGGCCCAGGGCCUGAACUGCAAGUGGCAACCCCAGGAACAGAGGAGGAGGAGGAGGAGGAAGAGGCCUUGCCAUUGCAGGAGCCACCGAGCCAGUCAGUGGGCACCAACCAUGGCCCGGCCCCUGAGACCCACUGGUGGCUCUCGGUCCAGGGUGCCUGCCUGCUGGGCCUGCUGGCCGUCACCAGUGCGCUGACCAACGGUGUGCUGCCUGCAGUGCAGAGCUUUUCCUGCUUGCCCUACGGGCGCCUGGCCUACCACCUGGCUGUGGUGCUGGGCAGUGCCGCCAACCCCCUUGCCUGCUUCCUGGCCAUGGGCGUGCUGUGCAGGUCCGUGGCAGGGCUGGGUGGUCUCGCUCUGCUGGCCGGACUCUUUGGGGCGUACCUGAUGGUGCUGGCAAUCCUGAGCCCCUGCCCACCCCUGGUGGGCACUUCUGCAGGGGUGGUCCUUGUGGUGCUGUCGUGGGUGCUGUGUCUGGGCAUGUUCUCCUACGUGAAGGUGGCGACCAGCUCCCUGCUGCAUAGCAGAGGCCGGUCUGCAUUGCUGGCAGCUGGCGUGGCCAUCCAGCUGGGCUCCAUGCUCGGCGCUGGCGCUAUGUUCCUUCCCACCAGCAUCUACCACGUGUUCCGCAGUGGAAAGGAUUGUGUGGACCCCUGUAAACCCUGAGCCUGGGCAGAUGGGGCCCUCACUCCACCCCACCUGUCUUCACCUUGAGGCUGCCACAGUGCCCUAGUCCCUGCAGCCCAAGCAGGCCUCCCGACACACAGGCAUGCUCAUGGACACUUCAGGCUGGGGUGAAGACCAAAGAGCAGCCUUGAAGCCAGGGAUAAAUUGGGGCCGUGGACUUGGACCCUGGGCCUGAGAUUGUCAUGGGAUUUGUACAAUAAAGCAUUUUAUUUUUAAAAAAA